AUGGCGGAUAUACUAAGCGCUCUUCCGGACGAAGUUGUAUGUCACAUUCUCUCCUUUCUCCAAACCAAAGACGCAGUUGCCACAAGCAUUCUAUCCAAAAGGUGGAACCAUCUAUGGCGUUCGGUUCUCGUUUUGAACUUCCCCGACACGAUAUUAUAUCACCAAGACGCCUAUUUCCGCUUUACCGAUAUCAUCUGCUCAGUCUUGGUAUCCGUAACCCCCAUCAAGGAUUUCAAAAUCUCUCUUAUGUACACAUAUAGUCAGGAAGAUCUCACUCUUGACGUUCCCGGUUUUUACGAUUGGAUCGACUUUUUGGUAGAACGCGGUGUUGAGAAACUUGAUCUCUAUCUAUGGCUAGGCAUGCCGGGUGUGCCUGAUAUCCCUGAUACCAUUCUUACAUGCAAAACCCUUGUUUCUCUUAAACUUCGCUUUUUCAGUAUCAACUUUACCUUUCCUUCUCUUCAACUCCCCUCUCUCAAAACCCUUGACUUAGAGUUUAUAUUUUGCCAAAUAGAUGAAAACUUUAUGUUGCUUUUAGCAGGAUGUCCAAUUCUUGACAAAUUAAUCAUAUCUAAAAUAUGGGGCUUCCAUUCUCAAAGCACUAACAAAUGGGAAAAGUUUAGCUUAACUAACUUGACCCAAGCAAGUAUUGAUUCAACUUAUUUUCACUUUCCAUUGGAACCACUUCAUAAUGUUCACUCUCUUUCAAUUUCAACGGCUAAGAUGGAUUCUUAUAAUCAUGUACUUCCUACCUUUCAUAAUUUGACCUCCCUAGAUCUUAACUCCUUCAAUUACCGUUGGCAGUUUUUAAUUCAACUUCUCAAACACUCUCCUAACCUUCAAACACUUAAGCUCAAUGAGGCAGCCUCAGAUAAGGACAUAUGGACCAAAGAUGAGGAAACAUGGACUAGACAAGAUGACAAAGAAAAUUGGGUGGACCCUGAUUGUGUUCCGCAGUGCCUUUCAUUACACCUUAAAACCUGCCAUCUUUUGAGCUUCUUAGGUUUGCAAGGUGAGCUUUUGCUAGCAAAGUAUAUUUUGAAGAAUUCAGCGGUCCUACAAACAAUGAAGAUCUGGAAUGGUGGACAGCCUAAAAUAAAAAGACUAUUACUAUCAUGCCCAAGGGCUUCAUCGACGUGUAAACUAACCGUAUAUCAUGUUUUAUGUAAGUUGUAGUUACUCUAUUCUUCCUGUCAUUUCGCAAGCUUUUACAAUGCAACUGUUAG